CUUAACCACAGAAAAUUUUCUGGAAUGUGAUAUGGGAAGUUUACCAGUCUCACCAAAACCUCCAUCAACCUGAAUAAAAUACACAGAAGCCAAAAAUUCAAGGCCAUGGGUAAACCAAUCAGGUGAGAAUUGAAACACCGACAGCGGCACUGUUUCUCGUCAAAUUAAGAAGACCAGCAAACUGUUUGGUUGCGGAAAUGUAACAUUGAAAGCCAACAGUGCGUCACUCAAGGAACAUCAAAGAGAAGUGAUACAGCAUCAAUUAAUAUUAAUCUCAAUGAAAGAGAUUCUGAUGAAACGUAAAGUGGUUUUGAAUAUUUAGCAUUUCUAAUAUUCAAAACAAAAAUUCUUCUUCUUUCUCUCCCUCCCACCUCUUCCUUGGAAGAUACUGCUCUCAAACAACAACAACCACUACUACUACUACUACUACUAUCACCACCACCCAUGGAAGAUUGGAUUAAACACUUAUUGGACAUUUAAAUCCAUGAAUAAAAAGAACAAGGUAACAGAAAAUAUAUGCAUGAAUUUAUCUGGAUUAUUUCUCAUAUUGGAUUAUAAAUUCUUUUUCUGUUUUACUUUUUAUUCCAAAGAAUAACGGACCAACCUGCUCAGCAUAAUGUUCUUAAAUGAUUCCUACGACAACAUGGAAUACGCAGCCAAUAUGUCACUGUGGGAGAAUGUCUCCUCAAUAGCCACAAGUCUGACUGACGUUACGUCAAACAACAGCACCUUUGAAGAUCCAGAACGCAGUGGGUUUAUGAAAUUCUCUGCUGUGUAUGAGAAAGCCCAUGGUUAUAUUAGUGUCACUGUUUGUAUAUUUGGAGUAAUUUCAAACAUAUUGAAUAUUUUUGUGUUGACAAGAAAACACAUGAUUUCUCCUACUAAUUAUAUUUUAACAGCUCUAGCAAUUUUUGAUAUGUUCACGAUGACCACAUAUAUCCCAUAUGCUACAUACCUUUAUAUUUUUGCUUCUCCUAGCCAAAGUUCCUAUCAUCCAUAUGCAUGGGUGCUAUUCAUUGUUAUUCACAACAACUUUAUCAUAACUUGCCAUACCAUAGCCCUUUGGUUAACUGUCUCGUUGGCAGUUUUCCGAUAUAUCUUUGUCUGUCAUCACACACAAGCACCGACGCUCUGCAACUUAGCCCGCUCGAAACUCACAGUUUUGAUAACAGUUGGAAUAAACAUCUUGUUUUGUAUACCUAACUAUGCACAAUACGUCGUCAGCGAGAUGCCACCAGACGGCGACCAUACUUCAUACUGGAUAUCUCAACGGGAUCUUCCGCCUAUCUUUUUCACUAUAACAUAUUGGCUUUUCGGUGUCUUGAUGAAGGUAGCCCCGUGCACGUUUUUGACAAUCCUCAGUGCUAUCUUAAUACAUGCAAUGCAUAAAGCAGAAAAACGAAAAGCUCGUCUCCAUUCACAAGGCUCCCGGGCUACACAAGAAUCUUCUAGCACAGAAAGCAACAGAACAACAAAGAUGCUUAUAGCGGUGGUCUUAUCAGUGGUUAUUACUGAGUUGCCACAAGGAAUACUUGCUCUGAUAAGUGGCAUCAACCAAGAUUUUUUCUCAAAUGUUUAUGUGCCUUUAGGAGAUGUAAUGGAUAUUCUGGUACUAAUUAACAGUGCAAUUAAUUUUAUUCUUUACUGUAUUAUGAGUCAGGCUUUCCGAAAAACAUUCAGGACUCACAUCUUUAACGUUUGUGUAAAUAAUGUUCGGAAUCGAACUAACAAGAAUGGCGUAACGUAUAGUUCAAUUCAAACAGAAGUGACACAAGUAUAGAAUAAUUUAAAUUAAAACAAAAAAAAAAAUGGAAUAAAAAUGGAAUAAAAAAAAUGAAAAAAAAAUUCCAAAUUCUAGAACAAUGUGAUUUAAAGUUAGUUAUUUCUUCCAACUAAAUCAUUUCAUUUUAGUAAACAUUUAAAAAGUCAUUUCAAAAACAAUAUGUGAACAGAUACAUGAAGAAAUAACGAAUAUUAAAAAUAUCGAACAGAUUUAAAUCACGUCUGGCCCAUUACCGAGGAGAUAUACUUAGCAGAUAAACAACUGUUUCUCAAGGAUUUGAGAAAUCAUUCGUAGAUGGCGCUCAUGUUCAGCACUUAGAAACCAAACACAAACAAAAAGCACUAUCUUUAUCUUUCCAAUAUUAAAGUAUAAUUUAAACAUUUAAAUUUGGACUGUUUUGACAAUAACUUCGUUUAUGGUUAUUAUGCUGAUAUUAGUAAAUAAAUUUAUUUUCAAAUUAUCAAAAAUUUAACUAAAAAACAAAAACAAGCCGUUAUAACUUCGGAUUUAUUAUUAUCAUCAUUAUUAUUAUUAUUAUCGGUUUCGUUUUGUUUUAACAUUUAUGGUCGUGAGUUUCCUUAACAGACAGACAGAUAUUAAAUCGCUAAAGCAUACUGAUAGGAAUUGUUAAAACAAAAUGC